GGUCUCAGUGACGUAUUACAAUCAGCGGUCCCACCUACAAUAGACUUUUUUAAGUCCCUCCCGACACUUCCGAACGAUGCCCUGGUUUGGGGUAUAUACGCCCUUGUUUUCGAAAAGGAGGACCAAUUGCCCAAAUUGUAUAUCGGUUCGGGCACGGAAAGUAAGAUCGGACUCCGGGACCGCUUUAGGGACUACAACAGAGGAGACUUCACAGACUUACCAAGUAAAUGUCUGAAGAAAGGGUGGACUGAAAAACACCGCGGCCUUCUAUGUUGGUCGUCUAUCCCCCCUGAGAUUGAUAUUCCUUUACAGCGUCUCAGGUUCCUGGCAAUCGAAGCCACACUUGCUUUCGCUUUCUCGGUCGUCCGUAACCGUCCUCAGAAAACUGAUGACGUUUGGUCCGAGAUUGUCCCUUGGCCACAGGCCACAUUCCCGUGGGCGCCAUUGUGCACCCACUCCGCUUUCUGGGAGGUACCAAGGGGUAUCGACAAGAUUAACAUAACUUCAGAGGAACUCGAAGAACGUAAGGCGAUGCAGGCACAGAGGAAGUAUUGUCUGACUUGCCAUAGGAAC